CUGCGCAGGGCUUUUUUUAUUUGUGUUGCUAUGUGAGGCUUUGGAGCGCGGUUUGAAGAUACUGAGCGAGGAUCCACAUUCAGCGUCCGCGUGCUGUCGACGUGCUGCGUGGAGCAGGACUCAGCUGCAGAAGGACUGCCCUGUCUCCAUGGUAACAGGCCUCAGGCAGACCCAGAAAAAUGUUGGGCCAAACCCGUCAAACUUACCUGAUUCUGGACUGCGCCGGAGAGGAUUUUAACAAAAAUUAUAAAACUAUCAAGUCCUAAUAUGAUGCAUUCGAUAUUUCUUUCUGUAUAAAAGUGUGUGCCUGAAAAUCUUCAUAUAUUUCAGCUUUAUUGCAUUUUAGAAAGACUUGCUUUCUCCCAUCCCUGGCAGAAAAGAGUCUUCUAUUUAAAUAUCUUUCUAAAACCAGGAGGUGAAGGAAAAGUUGCUAUGGUAUUCAAGACAUUAUGUCAGCGACUUUCUCAGUUAAGUGAUCUUAAACUGUGCGGAGGCCGUCCCAGGCUCGUCUCAAGGUCCUAAACCAGGACAAGGAUGCACCAGCUGUUUAGCCAAGUGCUCGGCCAGAGGGAUCUGUCCAGAGCAGGUGAUCUGUUCUCUCUGGAGGACGCAGACAUUGAAGACUGUCUGUCUCAAGCUCUGGACCAGAUUAAGGCAAUCUCCUGCUCACCGGACUAUUUGACCAAUGACAAUGACCAGGCAGUGGUGGAGAUUUGCAUAACACGCAUCACCACAGCCAUAAGGGAGACGGGCUCCAUCGAGCGACACAGCACGGCUCUGGUGGGACUGUGGGAGUCCUGUUUGGAGCAUAACCUCACCCCGCAAGGUGAAAACACAGAGGACACUCCGCAUGCUAAGAUAGCGUCUGACAUCACCAGCUGUAUCCUGCAGAACUACAGUUGUCCUUCGGUCAUGGUGCUAGCUGUCCCGGUGGCCGUGCGGUUCCUGCAGAGGGGCAACAGGGAGCUGAGCAGGAACAUGUCCAGUUACCUCUCUCUGGCCGCUAUAGCCAAGGCCGAUCUGCUGGCUGAACACACAGAGGCCAUAACAAUCAGCGUGCUGGGAGGUAACCACAUGCUGUUGAGAGUUCUGCCCUCAGUCUACCCCAAACAACCAGACACCAUUCACCACCACCUAGGCAACCUCACCGCCAUGAUGCCACAGCUGGAAUCCACCGAGCAACAACACCUGAUCAGGCUUAUUCAAAUGGUUGCCGAGCAACAUCCACUUAUGUUGAGCCCUCAGGUUCCAACGUUGGUCGGUUACCUAGGGAACCAGUCUCUCACCGAGGCUCUUUUAGGAGCACUUGUCGAUGUGUCUCAAGCAAGUCCUUCCUCGCUGGUCAGCUUUCUUUCACCGCUCAGGAUCUUGGGACAGCAGUGCCCUGCUUUCCUGGCUCAUGUGACCAAAAUCCACGGUGCUGUGGGCAUUAUCAGUGAGACUCAUGCUCACAGCUCGCUGGUCUACCUGGUGUCCCUUCUGGGCAGCAUGGAGCACAGCUUUCACCACACCCUUCUGCUGGAGGUCAGAGCGCUGACCGACCGUUACCCAUCUUUACUGGGCGGCUGCGGUAAAGACAUCUACAGGAUGAGCAACUCUUUCACUGCAAUAGCCAGGCUUCUGGGAAGACGACUGGAGGAGAAAUCAACGUCACACUGCAGGGUGGAUGAGGCGUUCCAAUCAGAUGGAGGAGGAGGAGCACCAGAGCAGCAGCUGCAGGUGAAGAUCCAGGCCUUUGAGGAGAAACUGGGAGACACGGUGGAAGAUGAGGAGGAGGAGGCAGCAGGGGAGGACUCUCCUGCCCCGCAGCGACGCUACAGCCUAAGCCAAACAGUCAGGGAGGAGAGGCGUGAGAUGAGAUUCAACAGGUCAAAGAGCCUGGCUCUCAAUGCCGUGCGUUCUCGGUCCAUUAACUCAGACGAAGGGGAGGACGGUGAAGGGGUGGAGCUCAGCACAGAUAGCGCCUUUUCCAACACUUUGCCUAAUCACCAUUCAGAAAACCACGAAGUCUCACCUGCUGAGAGGAAAUUGACAGAUGGCUCUCUGGUCGGCGUCACUCCGCUAGACAGAGCGGCUAAAGAGGUGGAGAAAAAUCAAAACAGAGAGAAGGAUGGACAGAAAGGAGAGUGGGCGGAGCCUGACAGACUUUACAUCCAUUUAAGAGACAAUAUGGAGAUGAUCGGAGAUUUCUGUAAAGUAAUGGUGCAGCAGAUCCCCAUCCCAGAGCAGUGUGUGAUAGAAGAUUCCAGUCGAGGUUGUGCGGCCAAGCUUUCGUUCUCCUGUCCUUUGAAGGGUCACUACUGUCUGUACGCCAAAUCCUGCUUCAACCUGACCAGCCAACAGCCGCAUCUAUGGAUUCACAUCAUGUUGUUACAUUCACAGAGUAAGUCCAGCGUACCUCUCAGCACCAGGGACGAGUGUGUCCAAAAACUGGGUUCUCUUUGGGAAAAGACGCAGCUUAAAGGAGCUCACAGCUUUUCUAUGGCCAUGACACAGCAGACUACCCCACACAAGAAGGACCUGGACAACCUUCAGAUCCAGCUAGAAGAGGUGCGCUUCUUCGACUUGUUUGGAUACAGUGAGGAGGAAGGAGGCUGGCUCUGCUUCAUGUGUAACAACCCUGAGAAAGCUACAGUCGUAAACCAGGAGGGACAGCCUUUGAUCGAGGGGAAGCUGAAAGAGAAACAGGUUCGCUGGAAGUUCAUUAAGCGCUGGAAAACCCGCUACUUCACCUUGGCGGGAAAUCAGCUCCUUUUCCGGAGAGGCAAAUCGAAGGAUGAGCUGGAUGACAUCCCGAUUGAGCUGAGCAAGGUGCAAAGCGUCAAGGUGGUAGCCAAGAAGCGUCGGGACCGGGGUCUGCCGCGCGCCUUCGAGAUCUUCACCGACAGUAAAACGUACGUGCUGAAGGCUCAGGAUGAGAAACACGCUGAAGAGUGGCUGCAGUGCAUCAACGUGGCUGUGGCUCAGGCCAAAGAGAGGGAGAACAGAGAGACCACCACCUACCUGUGAGAGCGGCACCGACCGAGACGGCGGCGGGGACGCGAACGCGCAGCCAAACAUACGCUGACUUCCACAUGUAGGAUAUUUGUUUCUUGUAAGCAUUUACAAGACGGGGGGAUAAAAAAAACCCCAGCAGGUGACUCUGAGAAGAAAAACUAAGCGCACUGCUAGUAACUUGUCAAUAGCACCACCAGCUCUGUCUUCAGUCGUAGUAAUGAUGGAGCGCAAAUAAGAAAAAGGAUUUUUAGACAUUAAACCAGCAAUAAAAGACUAAUGAAGGAUGGUUACGUAUCAAAAACACGACUCCCUGUAUUUACCAUUACGUUUAACCAACCUGCCCGUGUGCCAUGCUUCUCGGCACGUAGGCCGCCAUCAGCGAUAGCAAAUGUUUGCUUUACGUGUUCAGAUGUCACCUGACUUUUCCGCUUUGCUCCUACAAGCAAACGAAGCAGGCAUCAGUGGGAAGUUGGGAUUUCUCCGUUUAAUGACACAUUUAGAGUCCAGAGUAGUAUUCAACAAUAAAGACUUCAUCAAAGCAAAGACCUCAUAAGGAGUUGUAGCAAUAAUGAGACUGAACAGUUCCUCUGGAAAGCAGGAAGGAUGAAAAACGAGCCUAAUGGACAGCAGAUGGGGAGCACAUUGGAUACUGGAAUUGUGUGUGUGUGUGUGUGUGUGUGUGUGUGUGUGUGUGUGUGUGUGUGAAAGAGAGAGUGAGUGAUCUUAAAGGAAUAGUUCAGCACUUUGCGAUAUAUGCAGUCACCUUCCUGCCAAGAACUGGAAGAGAUGAUUCAGGCUGCUUUCAUGUAGCUGUGUGAGUCAAGUGAAAUGAAGCUAAAGCUUAGUGUAAAGACUGGAAUUUGAGUUUGACUAGUCUGGCUAUGACUAACUCCUGGUAAGGGGGUGGCAGCCGGGGACAGCAUAUUUCCUCAAAUGUCAAACAGGGCCAAUAAUAGGAUAUGUUUAACUCAUUUUGUGUCAUGUAUCCUGCUGUAUUCUGUUUUUUUCAUCACUAACCGGGUUUUUCCUAGCUUAAACGGGUCGGGAGCAGCGUCAGCACAGCUGUUGCCUAAUAGUGGAGUUUGGAUCACAGGUUUCUAAGAAAUCACUGAAGCAAAUGAGUGGUUUCCUUGUGGAUUUAGAAAGGUUGCCAGUUGAGUCACACUGAUUUUCAAUGACUCUGCGAGAGAGAGAGUGGAGGUGAGCUGGCUUACUUUAGAACAGGCCUGUUCCUCGGGUUUGGGUUUAAAAGCUUGUGUGAUUUUAUUAUUUUAUUUUGGGGGGAAAUGUGUCAUUAGAUUUUUAUUUUUCUCCCUGAAAAUUGAGACGGAUGGAUGAAGAAAGAGUGAAGAUGUGAGUGUUUAAAUUGGCUCUAACUGAUAGUGUGCACCAGUUGAACUUUGACAGACAGGUAUUCACUCUCUCUACCCACAGGUGAAUGCUGCCUUAGCACUUUUUGAAGUUAUAUGUAACAUUAAAGCUGCUAAAGGUGGUCUUAAUUUGAACUCGUUUGACAGACGAGCUCUCUCUCGUCGGUCUUUUGGCUAAACCCCUGUCAGCUGUGUAAAUGCAGCCAUAACACAGCCUUUCCCACCAGGUCAGGUUACCCGUUUGUACUUUUAGCUGUCCCUGUUACCCCCACCACCACACACACAGCAGAGCUGACCUGCAUCUGCUUACAAAUCAUAUUAUUUACAUCAUGUCUCUCCCUCACAUUUUUAUUCCUUCCUUCCUUCCUUCCUUCCUUCCUUCCUUCCUUAUGACCUACUUACACACAUGACUUUGGGCCCUAAAGCCAGUGGGGUAUUCCCCCAUGACUGCACUUAAGUUUUUAUAAAAAUUAAUAUUUACAUUCAUUGGGGUACGGCAGCAUCUCAAGAAACUGUGGACAGAAAGGAAUUGGAUAAUCUUGGUCCUAGAUGAAUGAAACCUACUGAUUCCGAUUGCUGACAAUCAGGAUGGAUACAGCCUACCAUCUUGUUUCUGACCACUAUCUUCACAUUUAAUCACUAAUAAUUAUUAAACUCUGGCUUUCACACCGAUAGUUUGCCUUUUUGUCCCAUCUCCCACCAAUCACCCCCAACCAGUAGCUGCAGAUGCCUGGCCUUCUUUGAGCCUGGUCCUGUUGGGGCGUUCUUCCUGUUAAAAGGGAGUUUUUCCUUCCAAUCGUUGCCAUGAGCUUGCUCAAUUGACUGUGUGCACGUUAGGAUAUGCUACUUCCGGUGCGGAAACUCCUGUGGGGAGCUUUGUUUCCGGUGUCCUAUUCGCGCCUGGUUUACGAUCCAAAACGCGUUAAUCAAGUGAAUGAAUCAAGCGGCGAUUUACAUUUCUAUAGAUGUCUUGGGCAUUUACCCAAUAUGUCUGU